CUACAUUUCCCAGAAAAGAUGUGGCGCCGCAGAGUCCUCUGGGAUGGGAACCACGCCGCUCUCCCAGCCUCAGUUCCAGGAGUGAAGCGCGAACCUUUCAACAAGAGCUUUAUUGAUUCUCUUGCUUGGAUCCGGCAACGCGAUGGAGGCGGCUAAUUGCUCCCUGCGGGUGAAAAGACCCCUGCUGGAUCCCCGCUUCGAGGGCUACAAGCUAUCGCUCGAGCCUCUGCCCUGCUACCAGCUGGAGCUUGAUGCAGCUGUGGCAGAAGUAAAACUUCGGGAUGACCAGUAUACAUUGGAACACAUGCAUGCUUUUGGAAUGUAUAAUUAUCUGCACUGUGAUGCCUGGUACCAAGACAGUGUCUACUACAUUGAUAACCUUGGAAGAAUUAUGAACUUAACAGUGAUGCUGGACACUGCCUUAGGAAAACCCCGAGAGGUGUUCCGCCUUCCUACAGAUGUGACAGCAUGUGACAAUCGUCUUUGUGCAUCUCUCCAUUUCACAUCCCCUUCCUGGGUUACCUUGUCAGACGGAACUGGAAGACUGUAUGUCAUUGGAACAGGUGACCGAGGACACAGUCCUGAAAAAUGGGAGAUUAUGUUUAAUGAAGAGCUUGGGAAUCCUUUUAUUAUAAUUCACAGUAUCUCAUUGCUGAAAGCUGAAGAACAUUCAGUGGCUAUCCUGCUUCUUCGAAUAGAGAAGGAGGAAUUGGACAUGAAAGGAAGUGGUUUCUAUGUAUCUUUGGAGUGGGUCAUUGUCAGUAAGAAGAAAGAAGAUAGUAAAAAGUAUGAAAUUACAAAGCAUCAUGUUCUCCGUGGAAAGUCAGUGCCACAUUAUGCUGCGAUUGAACCUAAUGGAAAUGGUCUAAUGAUUGCAUCUUACAAGUCCUUCAAGGUUGUUUCAGUAGAUCAGGAUCUUGAAGAGAGUAUGGACCGGCCAGAGAAAAUCAAAGAACCUCUGUAUUACUGGCAGCAAACUGAGGAUGAUUUGACAGUAACAGUAAGGCUUCCAGAAGGCAGUACUAAGGACGAUAUUCAAAUACAGUUUUUGCCUGAUAACAUCAACAUUAAGCUGAAGGAUAUCCAGGUUGUGGAAGGAAAACUCUAUUCAUCUAUUGAUCACGAAGGCAGCACAUGGACGAUUAAAGAGAAUGAUGGCUUGGAGAUUUCUUUGAUUAAGAAGAAUGAAGGACUGAUGUGGCCUGAGCUGGUGGUUGGUGAUAAACAAGGGGAACUUAUAAGAGACCCUGCCCAAUGUGCUGCAAUAGCAGAGCGCUUGAUGCACCUGACCUCUGACGAACUGAAUCCAAAUCCAGAUAAAGAAAAACCUCCUUGUAAUGCUCAAGAAUUAGAAGAAUGUGAUAUUUUCUUUGAAGAGAGCUCCAGUUUAUGCAGAUUUGAUGGCAAUACAUUAAAAACAACUCAUGUGGUGAAUCUUGGCAGCAACCAGUACCUGUUCUCAGUCAUUGUGGACCCUAAAGAAAUGCCGUGCUUCUGUCUGCGCCAUGAUGUGGAUGCUCUCCUCUGGCAACCACACUGCAGCCAGCAGGAUGACAUGUGGGAGCACAUUGCAACCUUCAAUGCUCUAGGUUAUGUGCAAGCAUCAAAGAGAGACAAGAAGUUUUUUGCGUGUGCUCCAAAUUACUCAUACGCAGCGCUGUGUGAGUGCCUUCGCCGAGUGUUCAUCUACCGGCAGCCCACCCCCAUGUCCACAGUGCUGUACAACAGAAAGGAGGGCAGGCAUGUGGGGCAGGUUGCUAAGCAGCAAGUCACAAGCCUAGAAACCAAUGAUCCCAUUUUAGGCUUUCAGGCAACAAAUGAGAGGUUAUUUGUUCUCACUACCAAAAAUCUCUUUUUAAUAAAAGUAAAUACGGAGAAUUAAUCUUACAACAUUUGGCUAAAAGGUAUUCAAUAGUACCUGGAGGGCAGAACAGUUGUACUGUAACUUGAUAAGUUUUGGCAUGUUGAAUAAGAAUAUCUUUUAUGAAGUUUUAUUUUUAAAGGAUACUGGAGAUGUAUUGAAUAGAUUAUAAAUCUAUAAAAGCUGUAGGAUAGAUGAAGCUACAGGUUUAGAGAACACUGGCUUCUGUAAAAAUAUGGUGAUCUUGGCAAAUACAGUUAUUUUUUAAAACCUUAGGAUCCAAUCUCAACUUUUAUAUGAAACAUGUACAAUUCAGUGUUUAAAAAUAAAAAUAUUUAUCAUGUA